CAUCGCUGGCGUGAAAGCACUACGACAAAAUAACAAUAGGAAAAAGGGCGAUACUUUCGACUGAUAAGAAAGUAGGAGUAGCCAAGCAGAGAGAAGUCAUUAAUUUAGUUCUUAGGGACCAACGCCUGAAGGAAAAUAAUCUAGAAACGAGCACCCACACAUACCACGCCCACGAUGACCGCAUUGCGUUACAUGGGAUGGCUGACCGGCUUCUCCGUUUUCACGGCAUUUGUGUCCAUAAUUUGGCAGGCGUUCCUCUCUCUUCAAGCGCUUAACAGGACGACUGUCCUUCUAACUGGUCUACUGGCCAUCGAGGGGUCCCUAAAGCGUUCCGCCCAAGAACCAGCGCCCAAAGUGGCCAUCGGGUACGGAGCUUGCACAGACCUUCAGAUAAACGCCACUGAGUUUCUGGAGCGUUACUAUAGCCGAAGAAUCCCCGUGGUCACUACAGGAUCACGGGAGAUUGUCAGCAACGAGGAUGAACUGCUGCAAUCUUUUGCCUACUACUUUCAGAAUGGUGCAGCAGCGGAGCGUGUGAUGGCAAACAGUACUCUCUUCAAACAGCUUGUCGGUUAUGCGAAAGUAAUGGAUAAGGAGCGAAUCAAUUGGUACAUGGGCGGCAAUGCGCCGCUGAUGGCUGUCCGAUUUUUUAUGGAGGGUGCUGAAGUUCUUCUGGGUGCCCACAUGUCUAAGAAAUUGCGUCCCUUGCUGCCCAAAGAGAUUCGUCUCGCUGGUGAUGAGAUAGCAAACGAUGAUAUUCAUCUUAUUCUUGAGUACAAGGCUGGUGACACCUGGGGUUCGUAUGUGGCACCGCGCGCCAACAGGUACAUCCUGCACAGCGAUCGAAAUAACCCGCAUUUAAGGGCCGUGGAGCAACUGACAGAUGCCCUAAAGGUAUAUCACCCGCAACUGCUCGUCGUCAGUGGUCUGCAAAUGAUGGACAUGUUCACUUUUAAUCCUGGCGAGCGCGAGGCGCGAUUACAGCAAGUACAGCGGCAGCUGACCAGCCAGCCUGCGGACACACUGAACCACUUCGAGAUGGCCUCUUACGUGGAGCUACAGUUGCUGCAACAGUUGCGUCAUUUCGUUCUGCCUUACGUAGACUCGCUGGGAAUGAACGAACAGGAGCUUUCCAACCUGCAGCAGGUUUUAUCCCACGGCCGGACCACCUUGGCCACCGAUUGGAAUCCACGCAUUGCUCACACCCUCGAUCAGAUGCGACAGGUCUUUAUUAGCCUGCUUGAGGACUACGGCCAACGAAGCUCUAGCGAUCCCAGGCGGCGUCGAAUAUCGCGAAUCCACGUGCACACACUGGCUUACCAGGCCAUCCUCACCACAGCGAGCUCCAAGUGGAAAAACACCCGUGCAGCGGCUGCCAAGGCGGCUCUUACUGCUCAUCGAUAUGUGUGCAAGUCCCAGUUUAUCAAUCCGGAGGCAGUGCUGCAAGUGCUGGACGACAGUUUCGCCACAUCGACACAAUCGGAUGCUCCGCGCAUGCGGAUCGGCGCAGCCAGUCCCGUGCCCUGCUGGCGAGAGUAUAUCGAGUACGGUCGCCAACAUCAGCGACUUGAGGUCGAGAUUUGUGUGGCCCCAGUACUGGUUUGCCGCGAGGCCAGGAAAACGGCCGGGGCAGGCGACAACAUUUCCGCCUCCGGAUUGGCGGCACAGUUGUAGGAGCGACGAUCACGUUGGAACAAGCAAAGACUGCAUAGUAAUAUACUUGAAACCUGCAAUCCAAGACUCGAAUAGAAGGCCAGGACGUAACCCCGAAGCAUUCCCCCGCUGGAUGGACAUGUACUCGGCAUGUUUAGCACCUUAGUGACCUUAGAAACGCGUUACCUUUACACAAAUCUGACGAAAUGCUCAAGCGAUAGCACCAAGAAAACAACGACGAUCCCAUAAGACAACAUAUCCAGAUGAGUUUCACAAGGGCAGUGCUAAUCCGCACUUGUCCUCUCAUCAUCAACGUAUAUUCCAUGUGUUCAAAAUUAUUCCUAAUGCAACAGCAUCGAAAGUUCGGAAACGAAUGCCACCUAGUCCUAAGUUUUGUUAGUCACUAUGCUUUGACAUUUUUGAGCCAUUCCUACUUACAAUUUGUUUUGCGCACUUGGUUUCAAACUCAAAAAUGCGGCAACGAAUUUAACGCGCUUUUCCGCGUUGAUAUAGAAAUCUUAAGUUUAUUUUACUAAUUUUAAUCUCUGUCAUUCGAACACAAAAUUAUUGUGAUGCACUCAAAAUAGGUUAAAAAAAAAAUUGUUGUCUCCGUAACUGUGUUACAUUUUUGCUUUUACAUUAAUUUUUGUAAAACUCGUAGUAAUUCUUUGACUCUAAAAUUGAUAUUUUUUAUCUGAUCCUACUUAUAAUUUGUUUUGCUCUUUUGACAAACAUACAAAGCCAUUAAAGUUCUGUGCGUUUCCAAAUUAUAGGACAGUUUUUUUCCAUGCCUUCGAAGUGUUUGGAUUGCUUUGAUAGUCUUUAAAUUCAGAACACAAACUGCCUUUUGAACAACUGUCUUACAACUGCGAAACGCACUAAACGUACACAUUACACAUAUAUUUUUCUACACCUAAGUAUACGCAUAUUAAACUGGCAGAUGUAGAAUAAAUUCCUGUUAAAAGCUUCAAA